GAAUCUCAGAUAAGUUGUGGCGAUGUAGAGUAAAUAGCACUUAUACUACCAAGUAUCGUGUAACGUAGCUAUAGUGAAGAGUUUGAUAAUAUUUUAAUGCGAUCUUUCUUCCAGAGACAAAUAUUAUCGCAAUCUAAUUAUGAAAGUGGAAUGUUUUUGUAUGAUCGUUACAAAUGAUGAUAUAGUGGACCAACGUAAUCCAUUUCUAACAUUAUGAGGAGGAUUCUGAAUUAGAGGAUACACAAUCGAUAGCAAAACCCAAACAAUAGAAGGCUCAAAUUAUCUGCUUUCUCAACAAAGACUCCAUACACAACUGUUUAACAGAAUCCAUACGUCACGAAUUCUUCCACUACAUCUUCCAGCAGGUUUCAAGACUUCAGUGGGCGGAAGCAGAAAUAUAUCAUAGAUGAGUGAAUUAUUCACUCUGGAUAAGAAGAUAAGCCUGGCAGCUGUGAGCUAAACUUGGCUGAGAUUAAAUAAGAAGUGUCAUUUAUUCUUCUGGACAAUGAAGAGGAAUCUGCUACAGUCUGUGGAGACCUAAAUCUGAGAACAAGUCUUAUAUGUGUGCGUCUCCGGUGGCAACAGAUGGUGGCUGUGGAAUGUCGAUUAGCACGUGAUUCUUGUUCUCAAUCUGGUCAUCCUAGGAAGUUCGACCUACUUCGCUGAUAAGAUUCUCAAUGGUUCACAGGUCCCGCUACUGUGUGGGUUUGUACAUGUAGCUACUGUUGGAAACCACCUACGUCUUCCCUGAGUCUCGUCUCUUGUCGAACAAGAACACAAUAAACAAAGUAUUUACAAUCAAGGGCAUUAAAUCAGACUUGUACAACACUCGUGAGACACAUCUUCCUUGAAUGAAAUCAACCACAAGACUCAAUCUUGAGUGACUGUUAGAUAAGAGAAACCUGGUUUCUGGUGAUAAGUAAUUGCAUUCACUUUAAAUCUCAAAGUCUGAACUUACUUCUUUCUUCUUAUGUGAAACAGUGAAAAGAAAAACAUUAACUAAUUUUUUUGAGAAAUGUUGAGGACUAAGACCAGCUUGAGGUGCUAAUAAAUGUUUUGAGUUUAAUAAGCGGACACUUGAUGGCCUAGCAAUGCUGUGGUUCGACUCUAAAUUAAAAGUGGAUUUGCAGAUAAUCUAGUGUUGUAAGGGUACAUGAUUCUUGUAUACAUAUAUGUUAUGUGUGCAAAUAAUGUCCACCGACUCUAUCGUGAAUACAACAAUGUCUUUCACAGCUACUACUGUACCUGAUGUCACAGACUUCCACAACGAUGUGACAAAGUUCAACCUCCCUUUUCCUAAACCCACAGUUUCCCUUGAUGCUCGUCCUAUAGUGAUACCAAUCGUGUCGUGUGUGAUCUGUUUUCCACUACUUGCAUUUGCCAUAAUUUGUGCUCUCAGACGUAGAGCACAACGGCACCGAAGACGAGAACACAUGAGGCGUCUAAAAGUGGGAGUGCGAGCAGUGACACUAGAAAUUCCAGGAUUUCGGGAAAGGCCUUCCUUCUUUUCCCGCGAUUCAUCGUCAGAUGUUAGUCCCAAGACUGGAGAUAAGGCAGAAAUCGAACCAGAACUGCCUUCCGGAAUGAUGUACUCGAGGCGUGCUUCCAAAGGUAUCCAACACCAGGUCAAAUUCUUGACCACUUCUGCUGUUCUACAUGUUCCCCGUCGCCCGAGCCACAAUGGACGUCUCAGACAAGGGUCAAAGGUCGAAGUGACAUUUAGAGAUGAACCUUCUUUCAUCGAGAACUCCAUCGAUCUAAGUGAAGAACUAAGAGAUAUGACUCACAGGUAGCAUAAAAAAAUAUUUUCUGUAAUCGAAAUAAGGGUGUUUAACAAAUCAGGAAAACCUAAACAAAAUCAGUCAAACUUGUCUUAAAUGUGGUUAAACAUUUAAUCCCAAACGAAACUUUCCCGAAUACCUUAAUAUCUACUAUAUUUGUAUUUAUGUGACUAAAAAAGGAACUUAGCUGGAACCAAGUGCCUCGAUAUUGUCAGUGAAAUGUUCUUGUGUUGCUCGUAUACUGAAGAUGGUGGGAAAAGAUAUCCCAGUGUGUGUAUACAGAUGUUACACCAUAAGAAAACUUGCACUGCUUCUCGGGAAACCCUUAUUUCGUCAAAUGCUACCGGAUUAAACUAUUUAAUUGUCAAAUGGUGUAUAUGAAUAUUUGAUAUUUGUGCUCAUAAAAAAUAAACCAUUGCUAAUAUAUUGA